AUGCUACUCAGCAUGCCACAAAUGGACAAACAGCGACCCGUGUUCGAGUGGGAAGUCUUCCUCAUCCUGGAGCAGGACAACUUCCUCAUCGCCAACGACUCGCGCCCAUCCUCAUCGUUCGAUCUCCAUCCCGAAUACGCAGCUUUCAUCGCGCGCUAUGUUCUCCUUAGACCAUACCAGGAGGAUGCCCGUUGGAACGACAACUUUCCUGCACUCAUUAACGAGGUUGUGGACACCAUCAUCAGACUCAGGCCACAGACCGCCGCACUCCGAACGCAAAUGAUAACGACACUAUGCCACAGGUCCUCGCUUCAUCUUCUUGUCAGGAAACCCAUCGGAGAUGCCUCAAGAAGAGACUUCAAAGAGCAUCUGCUUGUUGCUGCAACGCAUCUGAAGCAGCUCUCCGUGCUGGCGGAAUUGCUCUGCUUGCAAACCGACCUCUCGCAAACCCACAGUGACUACUUCGGCACUCCCGUCCAGGCCGCCAUCGCCACCAACGACGCAAAUCUCGUGCGCCGCUUCCUGCUGCACGGAGCGAAGUUCGAGUACCCAGGAUGGCUGAAGGACGUCGUGCGGGCGCCGAACGCGCCGCGCCUACUCGCCGUGUUCGCGACGCACCAGGAAUGCCAAUCUAUCCUACGGACCUCCAUUAGAGACGUCACGAACGCCAUCGGCGACGCCGCAGAACUCGGCAAAGAAGACGUAGCCAUGCACCUCUUGGACACCCAGCGCGAGGCCUUCGGCCACGGCAGCCUGGCAUACUACCUGCGCAACCCCUUUCUCUCAGCCUGCGAACGCGGCAUGGUGCAGCUGGUACCUCGACUCAUCGAAGCCGCAGCGUACGCGAAGGGACAUCGCUGGACGGGUCCGCCCCUCCGCAAGCUCGUAACCGCAACAUGCGCCGCAGGCCAAGCUUCCACCCUCGGGAUCCUCCUCGAGAAGACCAAGCAGCUGAAGAAUGCGGUUCCAGUAGAUGACUUCUUGCUACCUUGCGUAAGAACAGGCACCAUGGACACGCUGUGUGUCCUCCUCGAUGCCGGGGCUACACUCUCCGCCGUCGCAGCAAUGCAGCUCCUCGCAUCGAUUGCACCCUGGCCGCCCAUGGACGAAGCGAAGUGCGGCGUGCUACAGCGGACGUGCUACCUACUGCAGCGUAAAGCGGUUCAUCGUGGAGAACUGUUGACCGUGGAAGAGCACACCGGUUUCGGGGUCGCACACUGCAUGAUGGUCGCUGCCCAACGAGGCAACUUCGCGUUGCUGGAAGCGCUCGCGCGGUUCGGGGUCCCAGUGGAUGACCAAGAGUUCUAUGCGAAGGCAGGAUGUGCGGUGCCGAUUGUUGCUGCCGAGGCGUUUGGGCGUGAGGAGACGGCGAGAAAGAUAAAAUUGCUAGUCGUGAAGCUGGGACUGGAGGCAGAGGCAUGUGCAAAACCUUGGAAUCAAAAGAAACGACUUGCGCAAAUGCAAGCGAUGUAUAACGAAGCUGAACUUUUGAUAUGA